AUGUUCCCACUCUUGCUCGAACCACUGGCCCCGGCGCGCCCCGAGGUCGCCAAGGCUGCUUAUACUGCUUGCGGCUGUGUGCACCACCGCGCCCAGCCCACGUCGACCCCAUCCUCCCCGAUCCCAGCGACGUGUAGCCCAGCCGAACGGUCCCGCCUCUUCGCCGAGGCUUCCGAGGCCCGCCGCCGUCACAAUCAGUGUCGUGACUGGGCGUCUGUCGUCUCGGGCGCAGCACGCGACGCAGUCCACUUUAAUGUCGUCGAACAUGAAUCGCCGUAUUCGAGCGGUCAACGCAGCCUCCCCGCGUUCUACUAUGACGCGGACUGCCCCCCGAACAAAACCGACGUGAAACCCCGUGCGAAAUGGCCUAGCAUCAAGGUCGAGGAGGAGGAGGAGGACUACAGUGAGGAGGAUGACGACGAGGACGAAGAGGACGACGAGGACGACGAGGACGAGCCUAUAGGAUUAGGAAUAGGACUCGGCUUGACACUUGGAUUCCAGCAUUACCGGCCUCAAGACGAAAUUCCCGACUACCACUACGCUCGUGUCGAGGUGCUGGAUGACAAGCCACAGCGGCUGUAUGUCGAGCCGCACUUGGAGGGCUCGGCUUUGCGGAAGCGUCGCCGUUCGCUACAUGCUGCGGCGCCAGUCGCCCAGCGGGUCAAACUCGAGCCUCUCUCGCCGCCGUUAAGCUCCGUGCCGGCUGUGCCGAGCCACAGUCACGAUCGUCGCACGGUGCGUCUGAACCGAUCACGCGAGAGCGCGCCUCGGCAUGUGCACGGGCGCCAUGGCCAGGAGCGCGUCCGCCCUCAUUCCUCGCAUCCCACGCAUCCCAAUUCGCCUCAUGACAAUGCCCGCUCACAACCUGCGACCAAUACCACAGCGAGGGCCGACGCCGAACAUGGCCGAGCUGCAGACCAGGACUCUCCAGACCAGGACUCUCCGAAGCGAAUCUGCGAUCCCCUCCCUAGCAUCGGCGGUCUGUGGUGCGCCCUGGAAACGAGACACCACUCGUCGUCGCACUCAUCCUCUUCAAAGGCACACAAGGGGCCAUAA